AUGGCCCCUCCGGGCCCGGCCGGCGCCCACCCCACCUCUGCCGAGCCGCUGUCCCGCAGCGUCUUCCGCAAGUUCUUGCUGAUGCUCUGCUCUCUGCUCACGUCCCUCUACGUCUUCUACUGCCUGGCCGAGCGCUGCCAGACCCUAUCGGGCCCUGUCGUGGGGCGGUCGGGCGGCGGCGAGGAGGCGGGGACCCCGGGCCGCGGCGUCUCGGCCGGAGGCCCGGGGGAGCUGGCCGCGUGGCCAGUGGCCGCGCGAAAGAAGCGCCUCCUGCAAGUGCGGCCGCGACCGAGGCGCCGGCCGCCCGCCCCGAGAGACGACGGCGAGGAGGCGGCCGGGGAAGAGGAGCCCCCCGGGCUGGCGGGGAGUCUCGGCGGCUCCGGGGCCGGGAGCAGCGUGGCCGAGACCCCGCCGGGGACCUUGGCCCUGCUACUGGACGAGGGGAGUAAGCAGCUGCCGCAGGCCAUCAUCAUCGGCGUGAAGAAAGGCGGAACGCGGGCGCUGCUGGAGUUCCUGCGCGUGCACCCCGACGUGCGCGCCGUCGGCGCAGAGCCCCACUUUUUCGACCGCAGCUACGACAAGGGCCUCGCCUGGUACCGGGACCUGAUGCCGAGGACCCUGGACGGCCAGAUCACCAUGGAGAAGACCCCCAGCUACUUCGUGACGCGCGAGGCGCCCGCGCGCAUCUCGGCCAUGUCCAAGGACACCAAGCUCCUGGUGGUGGUGCGGGACCCGGUGACCCGGGCCGUGUCGGACUACACGCAGACGCUCUCCAAGCGGCCCGACAUCCCCAGCUUCGAGAGCCUGGCCUUCCGGAACCGCUCGGCGGGCCUGGUGGACCGCUCGUGGAGCGCCAUCCAGAUCGGCCUGUACGCGGAGCACCUGGAGCGCUGGCUGCGCCACUUCCCCGCCCGCCAGAUGCUCUUCGUGAGCGGCGAGCGCCUGGUGCGCGACCCGGCCGGCGAGCUGGGCCGCGUGCAGGACUUCCUGGGCCUCAAGCGCAUCAUCUCGGACAAGCACUUCUACUUCAACCAGACCAAGGGCUUCCCCUGCCUCAAGAAGGCGGAGGGCAGCGGCCGCCCCCACUGCCUGGGCAAGACCAAGGGCAGACCCCACCCCGAGAUCGACGCGCAGGUGCUGCGGCAGCUGCGGGAUUUCUACCGGCCCUUCAACCGCAAGUUCUACCAGAUGACGGGCCACGACUUCGGCUGGGACGGAUGAACUUUUAAUUUAAAAAGAAAAAAGAAAAUAUCAGAAGAUAAUAUAUUUUUUUACCAAUCGGUAGAGAAGAAGCAGUUUAAUAUUUGCGCUGCCGAUAUUUGUUUCAGUAUUUUUUUUUCCCCAUGAAUGUUAAAGAGAUUGUUCUCCUCUCCACCCUCACAACUACCAACCGCAAUGGUUUCCAUAAAAAAAGGAAACCUGCAGGAAUCUCCAUUUUCCAUCUUUAUUUUAUGUUUUACGUGCACAGUUAUGAAGUAUGAAUGUCAGUUGCCAUUAAAACUUUCAAGAAAUUCCUGAGAGUAUAGCUCACUCCCUCUCUUUUUUUAACACAGCCCAGAUAAAACUGAUAUCUCUCCUGAUGUUUUUCUCCCUUUAAUUUUGUUCCUGUGCCACUUUUUCUUAAACCCUUUCCCAAUUAAUAAUUCUGUACGGUUACCCAUCACUUCUCGGAUAUCACAGUGUUUUCAACUACAUCUUUCUUGAUCCUUAUAUUCAGCUGUGAUUUAACAACAUAGAACAGGAAGGCUAUUAUCCCCAUUUUAUAGAUAAAGAAACUGAGUAUCAGGGAGGUUAAGUGACGUAUCUUACUGCCAGGUGGUGGACCCUUGACAAAACUCCAUCUUCCACUUAUUCCCUGUUUUGUGCCACUCUUCUCAGGAAGUAUGGGAAAGGCACAGACAUCCUUUAGAAAUGCUUGGCUAGUUUGGGGAGGGUUUCCUGUUGCUUUUGAGUUCUAGGCAAGCCUUAUGGCGCUCAGACACCUUACACAGUUGUGCUCAAGGAAACGACUCUGUCCUGGACACAACGUCUUUUAAGAGGCAGUCUUCUUGGCUUGCUAAAGCACCCCAAGAGGUGGAAAUCCCGACUGAAUUGAAGUGAGGGGAAUUACUGGAUUGUUGCAUGGAGAACAAGGUGGCUACUCGCACUAGGAGCAGGACAAGCUGUGGUAGGGGCAGAAUUUACGUAUUCUUGUUUUGAUUACCUUAUUUUUUUUUCCUUAAAGAAAAACCCACAUCAGUAAGAGUUUGCAAAUAGCAACCUCAGUUUUUAACCUAUUUUUUAACAAAGAAAGUCUGCCUCUGCUUAUAACAUCUUAUUUCUAACCUUGGAGCUAGUACUAAAAAAAAAAAAAAAUCAACAUCUUAUUUACAAGGCCCUCAGUUUUUUAUGGGUGGAGGGAGGGCUGUCACUUUGUCACUUUAUUUUUCCCCAUUUCCUCUUUAUACCAAUUAUAAUAUUCAUUGAUAUUUGGAAAAUAGUCUUAAGAAAUGCAGAUAUGGGUAUAACGGUGAUUUUUUUUUUCUAUUCUCCCAUCUGUUUCUGCCUGUUCCCCAUUUAAAUAGCUCAAAUAAAUCAAUAGUUUAUUAAGAGUGUUCCUUUCCUCUCUGAGUGGGCAUUAACCAGAUUAGCAUUAAUGGGAAUUAAAUUGGUUUAGAGAAGAGCACAUAUGCACAAACUAUAUAAAACAUUUAUAAUUAGUCUGUCAGCAACAUUUUAUUACAGGUUUAAACCCAAGAGGAAAAUGUCUCCAAUCUCAUGAACGUUUUCCAUGUCUGCCAAAAUGGAAAGGACCGGACACUCCAGUGUUCUAAAACAGUAUUCUUUUUUCUUCUCUGUUUUGUCAAUCGAACCUAACGUCAUUUUAAAAUAUGAAGUUUUAUUGUGCAUUUGACAGAGAUGCUAUUACUGAGUGAACUAUAUUUCUUGAGAAGUCUAACACGGGAUUAAAAUGAAGGAAAAAAAACUUAAGUUUCUAGGUAUCCUAUUCUUGCUUUAAAUCUCUGGAUUUAUUUAUUAAUUCUCUUUUAUGGGUGUUAAGUAGACCCCAAAUCCAGGUCCCCUUUCCCAGCUGAUCUCCUUCCCUUCUGUGCCCUCAGCUUCCUGACACUACAGCCUGUUUUUCUGUUCUACUUGAAUCAUCACUACCAGCAGCAAGAAAUGCGUUUUAUACUCUUCAUCUUUUCUCUUAUGUCUGUGCUUCUGAUUCUCUCAUAAGCAUUUGUUGGCCUUACCCAAAGGUGGCUCGCACAAGGAAGCAAGCACAUCUAACAAUUGUAUUCAUCAGCCUUCAUCUUUUUAUGUUAAGAAAUAAUAAAAGAACAGAAUUGAGUGCAAAGAA